CGUCCGUCUCCAACCAGCAACGUUAACAUUCAUGCCUCGUCAAGAGCUUCUGCUCACCUCAUGAUUUUUCGUUUGCUUCCUCGGCCAAGUCGCUAUGGCAUACGUGCUCUCGCUGCCUCCGCAGAGCCCGCUGAAACGGUCUUUCAGCGAGACGCCGUAUCUUCGCUCGACAUCCUCGUCUCAUGACUCCCUUAACACGAUCCGACGUUGCAGACCUAACAAUGUAUCGGCUACCUCUCUCAUCACUUUGACCUCGGUGAAAGCCGGGUCGUGGGCCAGAACGAAUGAAAAUGCUCCUCCAAAGUCGAGGACCACGUCAUUUCUUGACCUGAUAAGCGAGCUUCCGCCCGUCUGCUCUGUUCAUAAUGAAACGGAAUACUUUCCGGAAAAGCCUCUGCGCCCUCACGAUAUCCCGCUGCCACCGUCUCCUUUGCCCCCAACGAUAUGCUUCGAAGUUGUCGACACACCACAAACCGAGGAAUUUCCGGAUAUCUCUUUGCCAGAGGCGCUGGUCCCGGAAGUUGAAACGGAAUCAGACUCCGACUCUGUGGAAUGGCCUAUUGUGAUUUCAUACGCCUCGAAUGGAAGCAGCUCUGCCUCCAGCAUUACGACAGACCAAGGAGAAAACUAUGACGAGGACUGUGACGGGGACCAUGACGGGGACCAUGAUGAGGGCCGUGGUGAAGACCGUGACGAGGAUCUGGAAGAUUCCUUAGAUGUGGAAAGUCCAGAGAAAAUUGCACCAUUCAGGAGAUGGGUCAGCACACUGAGACGCCGCAACAAGCAACGUAGCAAGGAGCUUUCUUCAUCUUCUCGUCGCUGGACGCUGGAUGGGUCAGGAGAUGAGCCAACAAAGAAAAGAGCACAUCGCGAUGCAAAGAUAACCGCGCACAAGAAAUCCAAUUCACUGACCUCAUCCAUGGGGUUCGUGACAGCAGUCAAGUCCGCAUCAAUCACUUUGGCUAGCACCAGCAUUGCACCUUUGACCCUCAUUAGCACUAUGAACAGCCGAAGCAAAGGUAGCAACCAUGGGAGCACGGUCUCCGAUGCUAAGUUCGUGGCGAAAAUGAAUUCCACAGGCUCCACCCAACUUAUGGACGAGCGUGCUUCGGAGCGGGCCAAACACCGUCGCCGGACCCUAGAGGAGAUAAUAACAUCUGAAGAAGGUUACAUUGGUGACAUGAAGGUCCUCGUCAAUGUCUACUUGACAGUAUUAGCUUCAACACCGGCGGUUUCAUCUCAAACUCGAUUGGCAAUCCAUCGAAACGUGUCCCAGAUCCUUCAACUGCAUGAAGACCUUCUCGGAGAGCUCCAUCGAAUUGUCCCGAAUCCUGAGUAUGUCCAUGAUGACAGUUCGUUCGAGGUGGUCUCAAGGCCAAAGCACGUGCGGUGGCAGAGUGUUGACAUAGUGCCUGGACGCAAGACGGGUAUCGCUGUAAGUCGUCGGCAACAGCGUCACUCUAUGGACAUAUGCCAAACCCCUGAGCCUGCGCCGGUGGGCUUGACGGCGGACACCAAGACCGUGGCAGAUGUUGCUGGCAUCUUUGACAAAUUCAUGAAACGGUUCUUUGCGUAUGAAGAAUACAGUUCCAAAUUUGAAUCUGUCAACCAAGAGCUGGAAUCCACUUACAGGACCAUUCCCGCCUGGAGUGCGUACGAAAGAGGGGUCGAGGCGCUGUCUUGUGCUGUGACGUCCGUCAACAAUAAAGAAGCAAGCUGCAAAAAAGGCCUCACCUUGGCGGAUCUCCUUAUUAAGCCAAUCCAGCGUCCCGCUAAAUACCCUUUGUUCUUCAGCGAUUUGCUCAAACAUACUCCAGUUGCCGACGACCCGGUCGCCCAUGCGGAGUUGGAGAAAGUCUACUACCGGUUGAAGGAUGCAAUUCAGGAGAUCAACAACGCCAAAGAUGACCCAGUGACUAGGAGACUUAUUGAGACGACUUGGUUGCUUCAAGAUCGCUUGGUGUUUUCCACAGAGCAAAUCCUACCCCACGCUCUUCUGACGAGGUUACUCGGGCAUGUCGUGCUUUGUGGAGUGUUACACGUUGCCUAUCAAACGAACGAACGCGUUGAAGGCAAAUACAUGAUUUGUAUUCUGUUCAGGUCCUGCCUUCUUCUUGCAAUCACGGACAAGGGAUAUGCAACUUACCAUGUUGUCGCUGCGAUUGCACUAGGCAACGGAAGUAUCGAACAGCCCAACAACGGUCGAGGCUUACAAUGUCAUACUGCUCUUUUCACAUGGAAGCUCGUUUUCGAAGCAGAACAUCGGCUUUUUGAAAUAAUUUUGAGCGCGUGUUCCGCGCAGGAGGAAGACGUUUGGAAGAAAAUUUUACGACAACGGAUUGCAGCAGAGGAUAGCGACCUCCUGGAGGGCAGGUCAACUGUACAGGAACUCUUUUCCUCACUCACCUUGAACCUAAAGAACAUUGGACCCGCCUUUGGUCAGCCAGACAGCUUUACACGCCGGAUGUCUAUCAAGCGUGCUGGUACAGUUGGACCGAAAACUAAUCUCAACCAAGUCAUAAUCAAAAACACUGAAGCCCAGAAGAAGCCGCUAACUGCGCAAUCAACGGCUUCUCUCCCGGUUGGUCGUUCACAAUCUCACCUCUCGACUUGCCUCGUUCCCACGCUUGCUCCACGGAGAGCUGAAAGAGUGCGGUUAGAGACAGCCAUCUGUGAUGUGUGGACAAGAGACGCUCUUCCGUAUCCCGGCAUGAGCCCUAGGAGAGCAGAGAACCCUAUCAGAGCAUCAGCAAACUCUGUCAUGCGCAAACUUAGCAUGGCAAGCAUCACCAGCAACUUCUCCAAGCGGUCUGGGAGCUACGCUAGUCUCAGUCAGCUCCGCAGAGAAGACCAUCCGAAGCCAUCAAAACGCCCUUCGCCACCACUUAGGAAGGCUUCUCUCCCGUCCACUCUCCGCCGGCCUGUAUUUGACUUUCACAAGACGCCGACGACUUUCCUUCCUGCCGAUUUUGAGCUGAAAGCAACAAACAACCGGCGUAGAAGACAAGCAAACAGGGCGAUGGUCUUUGAGCGGGCAACCGAACACAUGGUGCUACCGAUGGUACCCGCCGUUGCAGUAACUCCUUCUCCUCCAGAACCGACCCCAACGACGAUUACGCCGAAGCGAUCAGCGACAACAUUGAAUGGACUUUCUAACGUUAAUGGUUCUGGUGAGGUAGUUGCGAAACCGGCGAAACCUGAAGUGACGGUGACAAGCGUGCAAGAGCAAGAGAUACGCUUGGCAGUGCUCAACAAACCUUCUUGCAAGCCUCGCACACGGCGGUUCAAGUUCUGGGCGCGGAGCAAUGAUGCUCAGAAGACGAUACUGGACCAGCCAAAGAGAAUGGCGACACCUACUUCGUAACAGCUCAGUUAUGAUUGUUCUUCUUUUUUUUGGGCACCCCAGACGUAACAAAGGCAUGAUAUCAUCAAAAAAGGGGUGACAGUUGGGAGGUUGACCAGUGCUUGGAAGACGGUUGGAUGCGCAUCUUGGCUGUGGAAGCAGUGCAGAUCAUACCCCUGGCACAGCGUUUUGGCAUGCGGGAAUACGGCAACCAUGCAAGGUACCCGUACUUGUUGGAGGGGUGUGGAAUGAAAGCACGCACGCUCGUUUUCGUGGGUUCUUUUGGAAGUUGAGUAUUGGAUACAAGGAUAGGUGUAGGGAGCAAACAGAAGCAUAUCACUGCG